AGCGAAACAAAGUGAAUGAAGUGACACAGUUUAUCAUAGGCGGGCUUUAUAUUGUACACAAUGAUACAUAUAUUUGGAUUCGUUGUGAUUAUUCUAUCCUUUAAUUUUGUGAAAUCAGAAGUAUCUCCAAAUUUUACAAGAUGUAAAGAUAGAUUUUUCUACCAGAAUACUGCACCAACAUUGAAAGGACUGGUCGGUUCAACCCAAAUCUGUCAACGACUCGGAAACCAAUAUUAUUACGCUACUGAAUAUGACACAACUAACAGAAUUCCGUACUAUAGCGCAAACACAUUAUCCUUUGAUAGGCGCGGCAGACGCAUUGGAGGUUGGUUUGUUGAGCCUCAACUAUCCAACGAAAAUGAUCCAAGUAUGGUAGACAUAAGCAUGGCAAACAACGAUAUAGCAACUUUCGGGAUUAGACAAGCAGUAAAUGUCGAUUACACACGUAGCGGUUAUGAUAGGGGACAUUUGAAUCCACAGCUAUACAAUUGCGAAACUGAAGACAGUAGAAAAGCAACCAAUUCUUUAACCAAUAUUGCACCUCAAGUCUCCUCAUUUAAUCAAGGUAUAUGGAAUGUAUUUGAAACCACUCUGUAUAACAUCUCAAAAAAGUAUUGUAACUUUGUAGGAGCAAGACGUUAUUUCAUUACUGGCGUUCUACCGAGUAAAAAUCAGUUCAUCAGUAAUGAAAGAGUUAAUAUACCUAGUCACUACUGGACAGCUGUAUGCUGCGAUUCCUCAAGUGCGAAGGGCGACCUCCGUAAAGAAGGAUGGUCCGCGGGAUUUAUAGGUGAAAACAAAGCUAAUUCCUCAGUUUUUAUUUACACAAUACAGAAUUUUUUACAAACCACCUCAUCUACACUUUUUGCAGAUUUUACAGAUCAAAAUGGAAACACAGUGAAAAACUGCCUGUUCAACCCGACUAAAGCGGACAACAUUAUUAACGAGAUUGCUAAUACCGACAAUCGUUUUAUCAAAGGGAAAACCUCAAUGUUUAGGCGUGUGUGUAAACUUAUUUACGAUGGAGUUUGUUACAUUCUAGGUUUGUUCGGAUAAAUCUGUCCAUUUAUGGAUGUUCGCUGCUCUGUUUCAAAAUAACAAGCUUUUUAAAAGACUGUUAUAAAUUGAUAGUAUAUAAAUAAAGUAAAGUUCUAACAAAUAACAGAAAAAUAUGAAGGGUCCAUGUGCUU